CGGAUAUUCGCAAAUGCUAUUUUGUAAAAUUCCCCCAUAUGUGUUUCGAUGGACUUCCUUUCAGGUGCGUAGAAAGGACUCUGCUGAAGUACCCGGCUCCGAGACUCGGAGGGUCGGGGACGGGGCCGGUGAAUGGGACUUUUUUUCCCUCCAUAAAAGAGGUCCUUGGCGAGUUGUCUUCAUUUAGUGCACGACACAGUAUACCUGUUCAGCUGUACGCACAUCACGCCCUUCAGAGCAUUUGAGGGAAGAUGGCUGCGGCCCACAUGCCACGGUCACUGUUAACGUGGUGAGUGCAACUGCGCCCUGGCAAUAUCGCCAGAAAGCGUUUUGAGCGAUCAAGAGGGAUUUGUGUGCGAGAUGAGACGUUCCUCUCCAUUAGAAAAGUCAAAAUCUUGGGCGUUUGAGAGUCUGGAAUGCGUUCUGCCGUUGUUGUUUCAUCGGUUCUAGGUAGCAACACGACAGCCAAUCAGCCAGUCCGAAGUCACAGUGGUUUUCUCAGUUUUGCUCGACGGACGGAUACAAAAUGGAAGAGAACCCUGAAGAUGCGGCUAAGAGAAUCAGGCUGUUGCCUGACAUCCCCAAAGGAUUGUUACCGCCACUUCUGUCUCCAGUUCCACGGUCCGCGUCUUCACCGCAGCUGAGCAGUUCUGCGUCUUCACCAGUGAUAACGAACGCGAAUUCAGACACAGUUGGACGACCACCAGAGAGGAAGACAGGAAGUGAGAAUGCGUCGGCGGAAACUGGGAGAAAUGGCAGACGAAAAGUGAAGGUGCUGACGGACUUGGAGGCGUGCUCUGCCGAGACGACGAACAAAUCAGAAGACCGCGGCACAGAAACCAAUGGAACAACUCAUGGCGAAGAUGGCGAAGCAUGGGAAUCUUGUCGCGCAGGUGACAAACCAACUCCUCUUCGUCACCUUUCACGCAACUCCACACCCGAUUGCUCUGCCUCUUCACAUCUUCCGUCCUCGCCGACAUCCGGGCGCCCGCAGCGGCAUGUAAUGAGAAGCAAAUACACAGAUAUGCUGAAGGGAAAGUGGACUCCGCCUGCGUCUCGAUGCCUCGAGGAGAUGAAGGAGAAGCGCAGCCGAAAGAGAAGGAAAACAGAUAGCGACCGGGGACGGGGCGCACCGCAGCUGUCCAAUUGUCCGGCGCUACAGCUGAAGAAGCAAAGGCGAGUGUUCUCUGAGGAGGUUUGCGGAGAAAGAAGAGUUCCUGGGAGUCGCGAGUGUCAGCCCGUUGGGCUGGGCGCCUCUGUCUCCGCGUAUUCGUUUGUCAACUCUCCCUUUUUUCUUGAAAACCAGUCUUUCGCUUUGCCUUCGCACUCGCCUACUCCCAGCUCGCUCCGGACUCCAAAGAUAACCGGCCUGUUCGGUCACUUGGAUCUCCUGUCUCCCCCUUCCUCGGUAGCCUCGCCUUCUGCACCAGAGGGAAAAACCGGUGUGCCUUCUCCUCGCAACUUUUCGUCAGGCUCGGCAGCGCCAGCAGAUCGUGCAAGCAGCAGUUCUCUUUUUCAGCAGAGCCAGAGUCCUCUAGGCAGCAGCGCCUUCAAGACACUCGCGGGAGGUCUUUCUGUUCCGUGGAAGAGCGAGCUCGUCGCGGCUUCUCCUGUGCCUUCCUCACCGCAGCGAGGAAGUGAGAAGAUUUCCUGGAAUGGUGCACGCGACGGGACUUCCGCGGGUUCAAGUGGGCAGAAAGAAGUUCUUCUGCAGCGCCACGAAAAAGUCACUGAGACGAAAGACUCCAUUCCUCUCUGUCGACGCGCGAUUUGCGGAGCAGUCCCCCCUGUCGACCUGCUUGGUUUCGGCCUGCCUGCAAGAGAGCUGGCGACUGUGCUUCUUCGGAAGCGAAGAGAAGCCCAGAACCUGCCAAGACGACUGUCACAGGGAGAAACAGACCACAGAGAGGCAGCUAAAAAGCCAAAUCAAACAGGCGUGUUUGUUCCCUCAGAACGUCACAUGUCGACAGCGGGGCACCAGACAGGAAACCUCCACCCGGGUCGAGACCCGCGCCUCCAAACGUUCUCUCUCUCAUCUUCAGCUUCUUCCGUACAAAUGCCGCCUUCUCCAAGCCUGGCUCCUUCCUCCCUUCCUCUCUCCCCUAAAGCGUGUUUUCCUUCUCCUUCCUCUUCUCUUUUCCCCUUUCGUCUGGGAUUGUCUGCGGCGCAAGAGGCAAAGGUGCCGCGCGUACAGAAGUUCGCUCUGAAAUGCGACUGCGUUGUGGUCGGGGCGGGCGUGAGUGGACUGGCAGCUGCGGCUUAUCUUCGGAGAUGUGGGGCGAAGGUUCUCCUCCUCGAAGCUCGGUCGCGAGUUGGAGGCCGAACGUUCACGACGCGCUUGCCAGCACGAGAACUCCCGGGGGGAAGAACUGUGAAGGACAUCCAGGUUGACCUGGGAGCGAACUACAUGCACUGUGUGACUCGCUUUCGUCGUCGGCAGAAGCGCGCCGCGCCGCCGGGGCGUUUGGGAGCUCGCAAGGGACAAGGCGCGUCCUUUUCGGCAGCAACAAAGGCGACGUUCUCUGGAGCGGAUGCAUCCGAAGCGACUAAAAAGAACCUCCCCGAAGCCAGGCCUUUGAGAGACUGCAGGUGGAGGCGUGAGCCUUCUCGCUCAGUCAGCGGCAUCGCUGCGAUUCUCCGCCCGCUCGUCGCAGAUGUCUGUGGAAAGCAAAACUGGGAAAGCACUUUCUUCUGCAACUGGUACGACGAUGGAACCGGAACUCGGAUCUCGCCCGCCUCCGUCGUUCGCGUGUCUCACGUUCUCGAACUGAUUCGCCAGAGAGCAGCUGCGAAACUUGCGCAUUUUCCGGCGCCCUCUGCAUCCUCGGAACCUGCCAAGGAAAGGGAGACGACUCAGGAGCAGUUUGGAAGACACAGCAAGGAGACAAAGGCGAUGGACAGAAACCCAGAACGACGUGAACAGGAAGCCAAGGCGGUCGACAAGAGUUCAGGACAAGCCAGCAGUCCGAGCCAGAGCAGCGAAGCACCGGAGACCGGGAACGUCGUUGCCUGUAAAGUGUAUCCCGAAUUGUCGGCCGCUGCCUCCUCGAUGCUGCGAGUAUCUCCAUCCUCUGCCUCAGCGCCUCUAGCCUCAGAGUCUCCUGUAGCUUCACUUGUCCCUGGAUGCGUCGUCUUCCCUACUUCAGAAGUUGCAGAAGUCGUGCCGGGACCUACGGCGUUCCCACUCUCGUGUUCGCAUGCAGCCGCUGAUUGUUUUGCCGUGCCACUACGAGCGCAUCUGAAAAAGAGGCUGAAGUCCGAAACGACCGAUUCGCCCCCGCAAUCAACUCUCUCCGGAGAGAGGUUCAACGCAAACGCAGCCUCCAGCGCCACGCGGGGAGAGGAAGCCGGCACACAAGAAGAGGACCGAGAAGGCACCAUCGGAGGCGAAGGAGGAGGCGAGAAAGCAGACAACAGCCGAGGUCUUGGACUUUGGCCCGAUGCGCACACUUCGUCGUCGGGUGGGGUGACGGCGGGAUCGGAACUCUGUCCGUGCGUCUGUGGAGCGUCGGAAGAGGAGGCUUCUUCUUUAAACGGAAGGCGGGUUCCCGUACUAAAAGCCGGGACGGUGGAGACAGUCUCUCUGGAGCCCGACGACGGCAGGACUCGUGAGAAGAAGAGAAGAAACCGGAUUCCUUUGAUUGCUUCUUCGGCCUUCCCCGCCUAUUACCCUCUCGGCGAGGCUCUGCUGCGCUCUUCUCCAGGACUCGAGGGUGACGACGCCGCAUGCGACCCUGCUCCCGAGAGACCGUCGCCGCGAGUGUCGCUGGGCGUCUCCAAAUCGCCUCCUGCGUCUCGCCAGGGCGGUCGGUUCGCGAGUGCAUGCUGCACCGUGUGUUGCACUGGACAGUGUCGGAAAAGGCGAGUGAGGAGGCAGCCGCAGGAUCGAGGAGAAGAGGAGUUUGAACGGACGUACCAUGCGGAGUCGGGAACUUUAGAGGGAGUUCAGCGCGAGAAAAGAAGCGGCCGCAGAAAAGCGCAUGCUUCCUCUCUCUGGCGAGACCGCGAGGAGAACAACGGAAGCGAGACGGGCGAGAAGAGCGAUGCGGGAGGCGGGAAACGAGACGCGAGAGGGCCUUGUUCGCCAGGUCAAAUGUCGAUAGAUCAGCAAGAUAGAGAACACGGUUUUUCAAGCCCAAGUGACACGCGAGACGCUCUCUCGAAUGCUGACGGAUCCCACGUGCAAAGUCUCUUUACGGGAGACGGACGCAGAAACCUAAGUGGAGACACUUCGGCCAGCAAGGGUGGUCACGAAAACUUCUCUUCUCCGUCUUCUCUGCCCUCUUCCUCUUCUCUCCCCUCCUCCUCUGUGCCUUCUCUGCGUCUGCACGAGCACUCGGUGGUGCGUCCGGUGUUUCCAGUCGCGGUGUGUACGGACAGCGGAUGUCGGCGAAGCGCGUGGGAUGUUCUGGAGGAGUGUGUGCGGGAGGUGUUGGAGGAGGAAUGUUUGCCUGUCUCUCCGUUUCCUCAGCCGGGAGAAGAAGGCGAAAGACCUCCCUCGGGGGUCCUGUCUCCUGGCAGCGCAUGCAAGCCGCUGGGCUCUGAGAAGAGGUCGCGGAAAGGUAGCCCGUCGGGAGGCUGGGAGGCGACCAGGCGCGUCCCCCAGACUCACUGUGGACCGAGGCGCCAGAGUCCAACUCGAGAAGAAGACGCAGCUGGGAGAAGCAAGUUCACUCUGACGGAAGGCGAACUGAGCGCCGCUGUCUCCGCCUCGACCGAGAAAGGACGGAGGGCUCCCUCUUGUCGAUCCAGCAACGCUUGCGCCCUCUCAGAGCAGGAAAUGCGCAUGCUCUUUGUCCAGCUCCAGUCUCGCCUCGGGUACGUCGGGGACCUUCGCGAGCAGUCUGUGUCGGCGCUCCGGAAUUUUCCAUUUGAAGUCGCAGUCUUGAACUCUCACGGGCAAGCGCGUCUGCAGGCAACUCCCAGGGAAGCUCAAACACCGGGGCAUGGUCAACCAGCACUUCUCUCCCCUUCCCCCCUCUCGCUAGAAACUCCAACCUCGGCACCCCUUUCGCCUCCGUCUUCCCGAGGGCUGCUUGCUGCCUCCGCCGUUCCCUCGUCUCUUUCUGUACAGUCCUCUGCUUAUGCAGAUGCAGAGCCUGAGAGUUUUUCGCAGCUGCCGACUCUGCCCCUCUGGCCGCCUCGCAGCGGAAAAGAACGGAAACCAUCUGAACCUCUGCAGAGAGAUCCGGAAAAGUGCAUCUCCGCGCCUGGCGCUUCCGUCGCUCUCCGAGAAGAAGUGCAACAGAAGGCCUCAAAGGGGAGGCAGACCUUGGAAGGGGAACUGACUGUAGAGCAGAGAGAGGCGGCAGGACGGAGACAGGCCUUAGAGGGGAGAAUGGCGUUACAGGGGAGACAGGCGUCAGAGCCCCUGUCUUUGAUUCGCGCCUUCCCUAUGCACCAGGCGAAUGGAUUCCUUCGUUCUCAGCAGCAGCAGUUGAUUUACACGCUUCAGAGAGAGCAACAGCAGCCGGGGCCUCGCGUGAAUCCGUUCAACGCUUGGACAGCCUCUGGCGCAGACAAAAUUGUCGUGGAGGGGUGGAACUUUCUCCCCGCCUUCCUCGCUCUUCAAGUCCACCCAUUCGUCCUCACAGGCGCCGUCGCUGACUCAGUCGAAGUUCGGCAGCCUCCCGACGAGCUGGAUAAAGCCAGCCAACCAGACGAAGAAACAGACAAAGGACAAGAAGAAAAAGACGAAGAAGACAAAGACACGGAAGAAAAAAGCGACAAAGAGGAAGAGGAAGAAGACAGGGAAGAAGAAAGAGACAAAGAGAAAGAGGGAGGCGAAGAAGAAGACCUUUCUCUCUGGCCUGUUCGCGUGCGAGUCCGAGCGCCUCUGGAGACUGAGAAAUUCAAACAAAGCGAGGGGGUGCAUUUCAGGCGGAAACAGGGGGCGCCGGAGGGCGAGGAAGACUUACGACAAGAGGCGAGUGGCGAGAAGAAAAGGAUUUUUGAAGCAGACGCUGAAGAAAACUCAGACGCAAUCGUCUUCGACGUCUAUGCCAAGUUCGCAAUCGUGGCUGCGCCAGUGUCGCAGCUGGGCGAGUCUUUCCCGGGCGCCGGGUCGACAGACAGGGUCACGGCUUUUCGUACCAGAAAGAAGGCCUUGAAAACCUUUCCAGAUGACAAGAAAGUUGACGGGGAAACACAAGAGGACCUUCUUCCUGCGUUGCCGAGAUCCAGCGGACUUCUCCAGUUCGAUCCACCUCUGUCUCUGGAGAAACAGCAAGCACUAACGCGCAUCGCCAUGGGAGUCCAUAACAAGGUCAUUUUGCGCUGGCACCCGGCAGAUAUCUUUUGGGAGCGGACGCAGCUACAGCUGAACUGUUUGGACCAGAAGUUUCAGUUCCUGAAUCUCCAUGCGUAUGGAAAGGAGGGGUGCCUUCUCGCCCACUCAUUUCCUCCCUUCUCCAACGGCUAUGGAGGUCUUCAGUCCGACGACGCGGUCGUAGCCGAAGUGCUCGCAGUGCUGCAGCGAAUGUUUGGUCUCCCCGACAAGAAAUUCCCUCCGCCCGUCGACUUCAUUGUCACGCGCUGGCAAGACGAUCCUUUCGCUCGGGGCUCGUAUUCAUUUCCUGCAGUGAACGCUUUCGACGACGACACGGAGAUUCUCCGGACCCCCCAUCCGGCAGAAAAUCCGCGAGUCCUCUUCGCUGGGGAGUACGUCAGCAAGGCGUACUUUCAGUGUGUAGAUGGUGCCUUCGACACAGGUUUGCGCGCAGCGGAGUGCGUCGCCCACGAAGGCCUUCAUCUUCCUCUGCCUCCAAGAGAAGACAGAACGCCUCUCGCUUUGGAUGUUUUCACGGGAUGCCUGUCCUCCCGACAGGCGGACGCAUGCAGCGAGUUCGCCUUGGCCUCCCCAGCGAAGAAACGAGAGGCGAAUCAGGAGAAACGAGAGGGAAAUCGAGCGAAAAGAGAAGGAAAACGGAGGAAAAGACAGAAACGGAGGGAAAACGAACUCUCGUUGUCGACUCACAUGUUAACCCCUUGCCCCUUCACCGGCUUCCCCGUUCCAAGUGUGCCGACAGCUCUCCGCGGGUACUACAUCACGGACAUGUCCGACGCAGGCCUCACUGACGGCGAGGGGUCUGGACCAGAACUUUCUUUUUCUCUCUCGGCUGAGGGACGGCGCUGCUCUGCUGGGAAGCGAGCAGAAUUGGAGUUGUGUGAAGAACGUUUCUUGCGACGGUGUCUGGAGUUCUUGGAAGCUGGUGGCGAAGAAGAGAAGGGAAAGGGCGCCAAAGAGGAUUCUGGACUGCUCGGUGGUUUUUUCUCCUUUCCGUCUCAGCGUUUCUUUUAUGACGCCUUUUUCGGUCACCCGACUUUAUGCGGAAGUGAGGAGAAUAGAGUUCCCUGCUCUGGAGAGUCUGGGCGUCGUUCUUCGUUCGCGGAUCCGACAGUUCUCUGUGCAGUGCUGACGAGUGCUCUCGCCUUCACAAGAGAGGAAAUCGAGGAGGCCCUCGCGACGCAUGCACGCCAAGGUCGUUCCUCGAUUCGAGGGUCGUUUUUCUCGGACGCAGACGCAAGUGCGGCUGUCGAAGGAAAGGUGGAAAGGGAAGGGGUGGAGCUGAGGCGCUCGGCGUUGCGUUUAGACGAACAGGCUGUGGAACCGGUGUCGGAAGAGUUUCAAGAGCUCAGAGACUUCUUGGCGUUUCUGGGAACGCGCGACCCGUUUGCCCGCAGACGCCUUCUUCUCCCCCUGUGGGUCGCGGCCCAGUCGGCACGUGAACGCCGAGGGCAAGUAAAGGGACUGGAGGAAGUUGACGAAGAGCGAAGAGGCGCCUCGAACGAAGACGAACCGCAGGAGACAGAGGCGUCCCUCGCCAGAGAAACAGUGGAGACAGAGAGAGGAAAAGCAGACGACGAAGGGGUCGCGAGCUGUGCCGCGUCCUCGCCUCUGAUUGAAAGAAGAUUCGGCGCUGAGGGACGCGAGCAAGUGAACCGCAGAGCGCGAAGAACAGCGACGACUGUAGCGGAAGACAGACUGUCGCAUGCAGAGAGCGAACUCGAUUCGGAGGGUGAAGGUGCAGAAAGAAAAGAAAGGCAGCGGGUGCGCUGGGUGUAUCUGAGGGCAGCUGAAGUCCUUACUCGUCACGCCCGAGCUGCCGCGUUCCUCCCUUCGCUUUCUCCCGUCGGACUUGCAAGUUUCCUCGUCGACUCUCUCCCGCGUCUACCUCCAAAGAAAAGGACCGGGGCGUCUGCAAAGAGCGGCAGGACAGCUGAUAGGGAGACGCUGAGGACCCUCCGAGAGAAGAAGUCGCGAAACAGCGACCUCGCUGCGCAUGCAACGCGCGCUCACACACACGAAGACGCAGAAAAUACACCCGACCUCGUGGAGCGUAGCCGGAGCUUCCCUCCGUCUCUCUCUCGAGAAGUUUCACCUGAAUGCGGCAACGAAACCCGCAUGGCGUUGAUCGUCUCUCGAUCGCAGGCAGAGCGCGAGAACAUCCGUGGAGACUGUGGGGGGGUGAAGGGAGGUUGUUCGGAGGAAAAGACGGAAAAGAACUCUCGAAGUCUCGGGGUCACGCGAAAGGUUUUGAAAGGUGCACGCAGGCGACUCCCAACUGCCUCUGAAUUCAAGAGAGAACUGGAAAACCGUCUCCUUCACCACCUUGCUCGAAGUGCAUUUCCCUCCGACAUUGAAGCCACAGCGCUGCGGGAACUGCUGCGAGCGGCGCAAGACGAAAGAGACAUCAUCUCCUGUUGCCAUCGGAGGCAGGCCGAGGCCGGGAAGGGCGUGGCGAAGGAGGACUUGGAGGUACAAGGGGACUCGAGCUGCCUUUCCCCAGCAUUCACGGAGAGUAUAGAGCGCCAGACAACACAGCGCAGUGCGGAGAGCGAAGGGGGAGAAACGGCGAGCAGGUACCAGGGACUUCGCUCUGGUCUGCGAGGUCAGACAGAAGAGGGAAACGAAGUGGAGGUGACCGGAGCAAACGCGGGAGACGAAAGAGAAUUUCCGCAUGCAGGACCUAAAUCAGGGGAAUCUGAGCAUUUCGACUAUGGAUCGGAAGACGACUUUGAGCUGCGGGAGGGAGGCCUCUUGUCUGACUCGGAGGGCGAGAAAGGCUCUUACCACGAGCGACUUUGUUGGAUGUGUGGGGUCGGUGGAGAUCUUCUUCUCUGUGACGGCGAAGGGGACCCGGACAUGCGCCGAGAAAGAACAGCAUCGAGAGAAGAGAAGGGAUCUUCGACUUUUGUGACGCUCUCUCGCGAGUUGACGGCAAACGAGGAUCGAAAGGCCCUCCCGUCUUUCGAGAUCCCUCGCACAUCGGCAUCGCAGCACCAUCUGUCCCCCAGGUCUCAGCGUCCUCGGAUUCUCUCGCCCUCCCCCCGUCGGUGUCGGCGCGUGUUUCAUCUCGCCUGCAUCUUUCCGCCUCCUACGGAUGAAGAACUGCAGCAAGACGCUGUCUGGCGGUGUCCCGUUUGCCGCUUCAGAAGCGAGGAGAGACAGCGCGCGAGCGGCUUCGGGGAUGGCCUUGUCCCCUCGAGCCUCGCUCUCCAUGAGGAGACAGCGUCUGCGAGAGAGCACAUUCAAGAGAGCACCCCGGAACCCGGAGAGAAAAGCAGAGGUCGAGACGAAAGUCAAAGAAGAUCUGUGCAGUCAUUUUCUUUUUUCUCUUCUUCCUCUGCUUCAUCGUGUUCCUCUUUAGCUUCCUCUUCUUCCUAUCCUUCCUCAUUUCCUCCUGCUGUUUCUGGAUCUGUUGCGAAGGGUCAAGGAGGAACUUCGGGAGCUCAGACGGCGGUACAUACACCGCGUGAGUUGCGUCGCUUCGGCACUUUGUCGAGUCUCGCGCUGCACCGCGUGUCUCUGAAGAAGUUGUUCGUGGAGGAAGUCAAGUGUCUCCUCUCCACGACGCGGCGCGUCCGACGGCGCUUCGACUUCCUCGCCCGGCAACGCGAGCGCCGCGAGGCAGUCCAGCAGCGGAAGGCGCAGCGACGGCGGUGCGCCGAGCAGAAGCGGGAGGAACAACGCAGAAGGAAACUCGGAAAAGCCGCCAAGAGCGCCCCUCGCGGGGCGGAGGCUGAUGGAGAACGCGUAGGAGAGAGAAACGGCGACAGGGAAGACGUCGGCAAGGAACAACACGCCAGAGAAUGCUCAGAGGAAGAGCGGGAACAACACCAACAACAUACGAAGGAGAGGAGCGAGGAGAAGAGGGAGGGGAGGGACGGCUGUCUUUGUCAGCCUGCUGUUUCUUCAGAGGCGAAUGGUGCCGAAGAGCAGACGGAGGGCAAGGUGAAGAGGAGAAAGAGAGGUCGCGUGGUUCUUGCGAAGAAUAGGGAAGGCGAAAGGCAAGGUGAUGGAGAGAAACAAGAAACGUUGGAGGAAAAGCUCACCGUUUCAGAAGAACCAAAACGUACCAUUCGAACGCGCUCCUCAGUCGCCGUGAGGCCAGCUACGAACGAGGAGAGCGAUGGAGAGAAAUCAGAAGACGAAAACGGCGACGAAGACCUCUUCACAGAAGACGGGCGACCUGUUGACCCCUUUCUAACUGCCUCAAAAGACUCCCGUUUCGCCUUUGCCUUGCAAGUUCUAAAUGAAUUUCGAGAGGCGAAUGCGGUGUCUCCGUGCCAUCUGCCCCUCGCACGCCUCGCCUGGCACAUCCAAGCCGGCUGCCGCUGCUGUACAUACUCCGCGGCGGAACCCGGCGACGAGAAGGCAGACGCAGAGAAAGAAGACGCGUCUCGAGGAGGAGACAGUUCUCUUCUUUCUUCUGUGCGGAGCAGCGGCGAGAGCAACCGAGGACUGGGUGGGAAGGGCGAAUCCCGGGGGGGCUGGAAAGCGCCUCAUUGUGCAAGAGGCGACUCCAAAAACGCAGGAGAUUCUUGGUGUUGCUGUGGUUGCGGAAGAGAAGAAAGCGAAGGUGAUCCAGAAAAAAAAGGCAGAAACUGCCGAUGUGACCUCGCGAAUCUGGAGGCUGCGGCUGAGGCGGUCGCGACCCUCGCGUGUGACGCCGCGCCUGGCGCAUUUGAAGAACGCGCUAGACGAGACGAAGAGUUGCGAAUGCGAUGCGAAAUUGACGGAGAGGAGAAAAGGAAAACAGGGAUGGAGAAGCCAAGGAAAAGAACAAGCGACCUCCCACAAAGGUUUUCUGCCGCGUGCUCCUUGGAAUCCGAGAAGUCUUCGUUUCUAACACCAAGUGCAGAAGCGAGAGAGAGACACGAGAGGUUCUGGAGACCAGACGUGUCUUCACGGUUUCAGUCGCGCGCCUCCAACUCCUUGAAGUUCCUCUCUCGUUUCGCGACCUCGCCCUUCGUACCGCGGUGCUUCUCACAGCCAACGACGUCCGUGCGGAGCCACGGCCUUCUCUCAACUGCCAGACAACCUGUAAAGGCCGGUCAAUUCAACAGCCUCCCAUCCAGAAGUUUUACUUCCAGAAGCCCAACUUCCAAUAUCGUCACCUCCAACAUCGCUACCUCCAACAUCGCUACAUCCAACGGCGUUACCUCCAACAGCUUCAUCUCCAGUAGCCCCACCUCGAAUAAUCUCACCUCCACCACGCUCUCGUCUCGAGACUUUGUGGUGGCUUCUGGACUUCCUGGCGUCCCAGAAUCGGUGUCGUUGUCUCCCGCCGGUUCUCGGGCGUUGGCCGCGAACUGUUCAGUUUCCGUUGCACCUCGAGACAAGGAACAUCCCGGAUCGCUUUCGACGGCAUGCGUUUCUGGAGAAAAUGGUGGGAGGUUAUCUCCCGCGCCGCCCGUCAACGUACCCUGCUUCUCGAGGGGUCCGAUGAAGGCUGCAGCGAAAGCAAGGCCGUUCCUGAGAGGGGGACAGAGCAGAGUGAUGCCUGCCAACAAAAGUGGAGCUGUAAGACUUCCGGCCAGGAUGCCAGACCACCCUGAAGGGCGACCUCCAGAAAAUGACUCGAUGCAGUCGCCAGCGCCGGGAGAGGCGCUACAGUCCGUGCCCGACGGGAAUGCUGCCCGGCCCAUGUAACUGCUUCCAUGGAAACUUCGGGAAAUUCACUUUGUAGUCACUUCAAUAUCAAUUACUUACUGCCCUUUUUUUCGCUGGCGCAUGUAACUGGCUUCAAAAAACGUUUUAAGGAAUUCUUGGAAUCACCUUAAUAUAUGCC